UUGCCUGUGAAAAACAUCUUUUAAAUAAUUAUAAUUUUUAUUUUAAUUUUGUUUACUACAUCAUUUAUGUAAUAUCCUAUCAAAUCAAAUACCUAACAAUCAUCAUCAUCUGAUAAACAUUAAGUUUCUCUCCAAUACUGUCUAAAUAAAGGAAGUUAAAUAUGUUCUUCUGCAACUGUUUGAAUAUAGUUGGUGAAUUAAUAAAUGGCCAAAAAAAGGAUGAUAAAUCCAAAUCUAAAGUUAAUCACUUACAAUUCUGUACGACAAAUUCAUUAUAUUAUGAACUGCUUGACUUUUUUAAAUUGGCCUUAGGAUUUACGUGUGAUGAGGCGAAAAUCAAUGUCCAACAUCCGAUUUUCGUCAGUAAGAUUAAGACGAAUAAGUGGACAGUGAGUAAAUGCUUAAAUUGUGAUUGCAACGUCUAUGCAGUGUCUGACGAUGGCAGUCAUGAGAUAUUGGUGAAUGGAAAUCUGUUGCGUGACAAAAAUGCCAUGUCUGAGAUGAUGAAGAAUGAACAUUAUUCGAUGCCAUUUAAAAUAAUUCUCAAACAAAUUGAUUUACUUCCAAAUACAAUCAAAUCAACAAUCAAUGAUGAUGUUCAUGUCAAGAAUCUAUUCACAAAGUUACAAGACUUUAUAUCGCAUGAUGCAAUCGAAACUGAGGAUGAGAUCCGAAAGCUUCAGAAUAGGAUGAGUGAGAGAAGACAAAAAGCUGAGAAGGAAUUAAAACUCAUCAUGACACUUGUUAGCUCGAUUGAAUCGAGUAGCAGUGACAAUUUUAGCACCCUAGAAAGUACAAAUGAUCAUAUUCAAUCGUUAUAUUCAACUCCACCGGUUACACCAGAAAGUGCUCAAUUAAUGACAAUUGAUCAAUUACCAUCGCAUCCAAUCAUAAAGCACGUUGAUCAUAAUCAUAGAGAAGGUAUCUCUAAGCAUAACAACGCUAUUAUGAUGCAGCAGAAAGUCACAAGAACGAUUGACUUUGAGGAUGACAUUUUUGAGUUGGACGGAAUGCAGAAUAGCGAAACGAUUGAAGAGAAUGAUCGCUAUCAUAAAUAUUCUGAUACAGAAGGUUCUGAUGUUGAAGAAAUGAUUACCGAGAAGCGACCUUAUGCGCGAGGACGUUCUGGAUCGUUAGCCAUUGCACGAAGCGCACCCAUUUCUAUGCCUCAAUUUUUAAACCAUGCUAAUCCUCAUCUUGAUGAAAAAAAUAUCAAUAAUGAUCAUGACAUUGCUUCAAGCAUUAAACUAUUAGCUAAAAGCAUACACGCAGAUUCCAUUUUUGGGGAAUUGCCAAACAGUCGUCCAAUUUUCAAGUAUAAUACUGACUUUUAGGAAUGCUCCUACAACUUUUCAUGUUAUUUUUCAUCAUUUGACAAAUUUUUUAUCCCAGCUACAUUUUUUAAUUCCUCAAUUUUAAUGGACUUGAUACAAAGAUGAAAAAUUAUUAAGAAAUCAAUACGAUAACAACUUUUUCAAAUGAUAAUAAUUACAUAUAUUUUGCUGAUUACAUGAGUAUUAAGCUCAUCAAUAAAUGUUUAAGAUAUUAAAACAAACUUGUCUUUAUUUUGUUUUUUGC